AUGAUGUUAUUAUUUAUGCUGGAGAAGAACCAAAUAUCAAAGAAUUUCAUGUUCAUUCAAAUAUUUUAUGUAUUAGGUCUCAAUACUUCCAUUCUGCAUUUUCUAAUGAAUGGGCUGAAAAAAAAGAUGGAAAAUUUAUUUUCAAAAAACCAAAUAUUACACCGCAAUUAUUUAAUAUCAUUCUUAG